AUGGUCAUCUCUCCGGUCCGCAACAACUCAGGCGACGAUCUGCGCUCACGGGUAGGAGCUGUGCCGGCGACCCGUAGUCGAUUAUCACAAGACCCCCGGUCGGGCUCCCCGAAUAGCGCGGACUCGCACUCAAGCGCCUCUUCCUCGGGCUCACUGUCGACUGGGACCGGCUCUGCGUCUUCGGAUUCACGACCACAGACAGUCGCCGCCGACGUACAGGAAUGGAAGGUGUCCGAGACGAAACCGAGGAGCCUGUUGUACUCAGAUCCGUCACCAGAGCCGUCACCACGCGUAGCGUCCUUCGCAGAGACAUUCGCGGUUUCUGUGACUACGGAACUGCGGGAACCUGAGGUCGAUCUUCAAAGACGACCGUCCAUCGUGACCGACACCGCCCAUUUCCUCUCCCCGACGCAGGCCAACGGCGCCUACCUCACGCCGGUCUCGCCGUCCUCGGCAUCACCAUCACCUUCCUCUCCCGCGCCCGUGUAUCCAGGAUGGUUGUCUGCGGUCGUCGCGCCGCUCAAGGGCUUCAUCAACGACCAGAUCGACCCGCGAGACCUCUACACAGACCUCCAAGAGAUCGCGGAGGGAGAGUCCGGCUCUGUGUACGCCGCGCGCGUCAUCGUGCCGCCUGCGGGGUAUGUGUCGCCUGAGAAGGAGCCCGGGUCGUACGUUGCGAUCAAGAACAUCGCCAUUAUGCCUUCCGGAUGCCCAAAGAUCGACGACCUCCAGAAGGAGCUUACCCUAAUGAAGGGCAUCACGCACGCGAACAUCCUGACCAUGGACGCAUUCUACGUGGACCUGCAGGAGGACUCGCUAUGGAUACGGAUGGACUUGAUGACACGGAGCGUGGCGGACGUGAUUGCGUUGGUGGAGGAGGGCAUCCAACUGAGCGAGAAGUUUAUCGCGCGCGUCGCAGCCGAUAUCCUUGAUGCACUGCAGCACCUGCAGUCUCGGGGCAUCGCGCAUCGAGACGUCCGUUCAGACAACCUCCUUGUGGAUAAGAACGGCGUCAUCAAGCUCGCGGAUUUCUCGAAUGCGGUGCGAGUGUCGCACAUCAACCCCUCGGUCACCGGCGCGGCAGGUGUCAUCUACUGGCAGGCACCGGAAGUUCGCAUGGGACCGUACAACGCGCUCAAGGUAGAUGUGUGGUCGCUGGGUGCGACAGUAUGGGAGCUGGUGGAGACCGAGCCGCCAUUCAGCGACGUGACCGACCCACGUCAGCUCGCGUCUGAGCUUCCAGAGCUCAGCGAUCCCGAGGCAUUUUCACGAUCUCUACACGAUUUCUUGCACUUAUGUUCAAGACCAAGCGCGUCACGGCCAGCACCUCACGACCUUCUUAAUACUUCCUUCAUCCGGGGUGCAAGUAGCCGACAGGCUAUCGUCGACGUUCUGGCGGAUUGCCAGGCGAUCGAGUCGGGCCAUUCGCGCCCGCAGAGCACGGAGUCGUCUGGGACUGUGUCGCGUUCAUAG